GGGAAGGAGAUAGGGGCGGAGGUGCAGUUUAUUGUGGAUAACUUAGAAGACAGUCGAAUGUUUCAGAAGUGCGGGGGUAGAGGGUAUGAGACAUUUAAGUGCGAGCGGUAUAAAUUUAGAGUAGCUAAAAAUCAAAGAGUCUCUCAAGGAGAUACACCCCCUGUUAUUGGGAUUGGACGAAUAAACUUGGGCAAAGUUAAUCUGCAAACUUGCAUCGAUUAUUUACUCAAACCUGAAAACAAAAUGCAGUUCGACUCCUCUACAAAUAAAGUAUUCACGAUGGAAACAGGAGAAGACUUCUCGAUUGUCUAUCAAUCUUUCAAAGGCCAGUGGGGGUUCUCAGGAAGAGAAUUUGUUAUCGCCUGCUGGAGCAUUGAAGUGGAUGCUAAUCGUACGAUAUUAUGUUGCGAGUCGAUUGACUGGGAUGAAGAGAUAGACGGCAGAGUCCCCGACUUAGUGCGCGGCACGUUGCAGAUAGCAGG